UUGUCGUGAGGAAAACUUGUUUUCAAAUUAACUAAAAUUAUAUUUUUGAAUAUUUUGAUUUACCAUUAAUAACUUGUAAGUAAAGCUAUCAAAUCUUCUUUUAAUCCGAUGGCAUGUCUCAAUUUACUUUUCGGAGUAAGUGUUAUGUAACAUUACAUAUAUUAUUUACCUUCUGUCAGGGUUGCUAAAAUCUAUGUCUUUUAUGUUUUGUCAUCUAUUGCUCUUGUAAGUAAUUGAUCUGUUAGGUAAAUUGUGUAGGUGAAAAAGUAGGAUUUUAUUAGAUUGCUCAAAGCUAGCUAUCCUUUGUGUUCAGAUUAAGUAUAGUCCGAGUUUCUAUCACCUCUAAUGUGUUGUCAAAUUGUUAUGUAAUCAAUUAGCCAUCAUCAUGCGCGCUUCGUAUGAACACAUGUGCGCUGGUGACUUUUACACCCCUAAACAAAAGAAUAAUUUAAAGAAAGAAUUUCAUUGGUUAAUUCUUACAAAAUCGCAUUUUCGGCAAACUGGGUACGCGUCCCCGUGUCGGUCACUUUUCCAUAUUGAAUAAAACCGCACGGAUGUAAAACCUUAUUAAUCUUCAUUUUUCAUCUAUAUUCAGGUAAAUAUGACUAUUUACUUUAUUUUAUAUUGGAAUUAUUAUUGGUUUAUUAUACUACUCAUGUUUUUAUCAUGUUGAAUAGAUACCUAUAUACAUAGAUAUAUAAACUUUAUAAUUAUUUUUCUAUGCAUAAAGAAUGUUAGGCUUAAUUAUUUUGAGUUGUAAAUUGCUUUUAAAUAUUCUUUGUAACUGCCUAAUAUAACAUUAGAUUGAUCAUAAUUUGCACUUUUAUUAUUUUAACUAUGUACAUAUGUUAUUUAAGUCUUAUGAUGUUAAUUUGUUUAAAAUUGCUCAUAUAAUAUAGCGUAGCGGUUACGCAGGCAAAAAUUUGUGUAGUUAGAUUAUUAGUAGAAAUUAGAAUCGGGCUCGACAUGUUAAAAAUAUAUUUUCUUUGUUUACAACGACUGUCACUCUACAGACUGUUAUCGUCAAUUGACUUACAUACGUGAUGUUAACAUUGUCUGAAACGCAAGACUUCUCCUUAUCAUUUGAUAAGAAGCGCCAUUGGCCAAAAAGAAGGGAAGAUCACUGGUGGAAGAUUACGGUUUGUCUCAACACCUCUCACAACAGCAACAGCGAGUAUUCCCCUACUACUAAGUUGUUCAUUCCAUCCGAGAGCUAUGCCAGUAACAGGAACUCCAUCCAACACGGUGGUCAACAACCGUGUGACGAAGGAAAGACUUGAAGAGGCAGUUGCGGAAUUGAAUACCAAUAUUCAAGCAAAGGAAAGGCAACUACAAGCAAAAGACCAACAGCUGAACGACAGAAAUGAGUAUAUCCUGCAGCUAGAGGAGCAAUUACAAAGGGCAGAAGCAAGACGCUCCAGGGACAACGAACAACCAGCCCCCAUUCAAACAGUCAAUAUUGAGAAUGAAGAUAACAGACAUCCCCCACCUCCACCUCCUCCUCCUCCUCAACCCCGUCCAGCCAACCCGCUAUACCAAGAGGAAGCUAUGAUUCCCAGGAUCCCAGCGCCACAACUACCUAAGUUUGAUGGAAGAGGAUCAGCCACAGAAUGGUGGAUGUCGUUCAUGGCCUUCAUUUCAUUCACCAACAUCCCGGUCGUGAGAGCAAUCCAAAUGUUGCAUUUCUACUUCACUGGGAUUUCCCUACAAUGGUUUACAUUCCUGGAUCCCGUGAAGAAAACAUCGUUGGAAAUGUUCAAACAGGCCUUUUUCGAUCGGUUCAAACCAUCCUCUCCCAUCAACAAAGACCUUCUGAGGAUUCAGCAGCAACCAGGAGAAGGUGUGGAAGAAUAUUUAUACAGAGUGAGAAAAUUGGCCACCGAUUCUACCAUGGAUGAAUUGGCAGUGACGGAGUUAGCCAAGGAUGGACUGCAUCAAAGACUCCGUGAACUUGUAGUUCCUCAACGACCAUCAACGUUGGACCAGCUAAGGGAGCAAGCCAUCCUGGCAGAGGAUGCAGUGGAUUUGAAGCGAUCAACAUCCAACCAAAUUCCCAGUGCAGACUCGCAAACAAAAGGAACUGUGGAUACCGCACUAGUGGCAGCCAUACAAGCAGCCAUGAUAAACAUUAUGCCAGCCACUGUGAGUGAACACAGACAGGAUGAGGAAGUUAAUGCAGUAUACAGUCCUCGCCCCCACCAGCAGCGGUCCAGCAGAAAUCAAUGGCCCAAACGAAGAAGUCCCUGUCUGCGAUGUGGUGAUUUCUGGUACACCUUAAAGCUCGUGCCUCUUCUAGUUUUGAUUGUCUUCCCAAUACUCAUGGUUGCAUCACAAUCCCUUCCUAAUGAGCAAAGAGUCAUCUCCAGUUGUUCAUUUGGUAUAAAGCAUGUUGCAUAUAUUUGUUCUAAUCUACCUUACUUCUCUUAUUUACCACAAAGCUUAAAUGGUGGUAAUAAUGUAUUUAACAACUUAACAAACCUGUCCUCUCUCAAGCUUAAACAAACACCUGUAGUUCCCUAUUUUGAAACUUACAGUACCUUGAUUAACAUGUUCAUGUCAAUCUUAUUACACUCAUUGUCAAAUAGCAGCUUCUUGUUCCCAUUUUAUUCAUAUCACCUGGUUUUUAACUUGUUGAUUUGUGUACUUUUCAUGCACAGAGUUAAAACAUUAGCAUUAGCUUUGUUAAUUGUUAAGAAUAUUACCAGUGUUCACUCUCAAUCACUGCCCUCAUUCAUUUAUCAUAAAGCUACUCCUGCACCUGAUAUCAAAGCAUCUUCUUCCUUAGAAAAUUUCUUCAAGUCUGAACUAUCUUGGAUUCAUGCUAUUUUGGUCAUUUGUUUUAUUAUCAUUUUUAUUCAGUUAAUUGUCAUUUACUUUCUUUAUAAAUCUAAACCAUCCAAAAACACUAAAGUCAUUUUAGAGCUAACAUCAGGUGGUGAAUGUGUUAUCAUUCCAUUAAUAACUUUACCACUGUGUCCAUCCUAUUACCUAAUUCAAAAACCAAUCAUUCAUAGACUAUCUGCAUCUAAUUUUACAUCUCGUCAACUAAAAGCAGAUUGGUCUCCUUUUGAAAUUAUUGAUAAAUUAUCAAAUAAAUCAAUUACAGUCCCUUCUCAAAUUCCUGUUAAUUAUCUUAUAUAUCGAAAAUUACUCAAAAUUUUGAAACAACCAUUUUGUGCUUAUGUCAUGGUAACUCAUCAAGGUUUUUCAACUGUAAUUCAAGAUCAGGUUGACUCAGGUGACAUGCUUGACUUGUGUUAAUUGCUAUUUUUCUUUCAGCUGGUACAAUUUUAUAUGUGUUAUUUAAUCCUUGGACAGUGGUCUUAAAUGAUUAACAGGACUGGUGUACAUAUGUUGAUUUUUUUUCUUCCCUUUUUUAUGCCUGUGUAACCAUGUAGUUUAGAAAAUUCAUUUUUAUUGGUUUUUUAUGCAUUUUUCUUUUUUUUUCUCCUUUAUUUUUCACAAACUUGUUCAUUCAUAUACUUACAGUUACAGAUAUUUUUACAAUUUUUUUUUCCUUUUAAUUUUUGGUUUGGGGACCAAACCUAUCGUGGCAAAGGGGGUAAUUAGUCAUGGACUCAUUGGCAAUUAAAAAUUGUUAAUUAGUAAAAGACAUUUGUCGUGAGGAAAACUUGUUUUCAAAUUAACUAAAAUUAUAUUUUUGAAUAUUUUGAUUUACCAUUAAUAACUUGUAAGUAAAGCUAUCAAAUCUUCUUUUAAUCCGAUGGCAUGUCUCAAUUUACUUUUCGGAGUAAGUGUUAUGUAACAUUACAUAUAUUAUUUACCUUCUGUCAGGGUUGCUAAAAUCUAUGUCUUUUAUGUUUUGUCAUCUAUUGCUCUUGUAAGUAAUUGAUCUGUUAGGUAAAUUGUGUAGGUGAAAAAGUAGGAUUUUAUUAGAUUGCUCAAAGCUAGCUAUCCUUUGUGUUCAGAUUAAGUAUAGUCCGAGUUUCUAUCACCUCUAAUGUGUUGUCAAAUUGUUAUGUAAUCAAUUAGCCAUCAUCAUGCGCGCUUCGUAUGAACACAUGUGCGCUGGUGACUUUUACACCCCUAAACAAAAGAAUAAUUUAAAGAAAGAAUUUCAUUGGUUAAUUCUUACAAAAUCGCAUUUUCGGCAAACUGGGUACGCGUCCCCGUGUCGGUCACUUUUCCAUAUUGAAUAAAACCGCACGGAUGUAAAACCUUAUUAAUCUUCAUUUUUCAUCUAUAUUCAGGUAAAUAUGACUAUUUACUUUAUUUUAUAUUGGAAUUAUUAUUGGUUUAUUAUACUACUCAUGUUUUUAUCAUGUUGAAUAGAUACCUAUAUACAUAGAUAUAUAAACUUUAUAAUUAUUUUUCUAUGCAUAAAGAAUGUUAGGCUUAAUUAUUUUGAGUUGUAAAUUGCUUUUAAAUAUUCUUUGUAACUGCCUAAUAUAACAUUAGAUUGAUCAUAAUUUGCACUUUUAUUAUUUUAACUAUGUACAUAUGUUAUUUAAGUCUUAUGAUGUUAAUUUGUUUAAAAUUGCUCAUAUAAUAUAGCGUAGCGGUUACGCAGGCAAAAAUUUGUGUAGUUAGAUUAUUAGUAGAAAUUAGAAUCGGGCUCGACAUGUUAAAAAUAUAUUUUCUUUGUUUACAACGACUGUCACUCUACAGACUGUUAUCGUCAAUUGACUUACAUACGUGAUGUUAACAUUGUCUGAAACGCAAGUAAGCUAUUGAUUGAUUGUUUUUGUACAUCGGAAAUGUUAAAGUAUUUUUAGAAAUUGUCGAUCGUACGCGAUUUGUGUGAUAACUCAUGUGCGCCAAGUUACAAUUCUGUGAGUAGAUCACGCCCGAUCUAAAUUAGGUGUUUGCGUUAUAAUGUUAAUAGUCGAUGUCUGUGUUCUUUUUAUAUUUUCAAUGUCUCUUUUAUGAUUUGAAUUAAAAUUAAUAAUUGAAAGCAUAAAUCUUAAUUCAAGCUAUUUCUAUUAAUUUUUGGUUUGGUAUUGAAUAUUAUUUUGAAGCUUAUUUGAAUUUAUGAAUUCUUCACAUUGUAUAAAUUACUGUUAGGGACAUUGUUUGUGAGGGCCUUGAGCCACAUCUAGUUUCAUUUGAUUUUAUGUUUUAUAAUACACUUUUCCAUAUUGAAUAAAACCGCACGGACGUAAAACCUUA